AAAAAGUAGCUAGUUUGCUCUUUGAAAGCAGCUUAGCCAAAGUGACUAAUGAGCAUUUGAGUUAGGACAUGUUAAUUGGAUCAAGUUAUUCUGUCUUAAGAAAAUAAAUUAUUGAUAUAGAUACAUUUGAUCCUUUUAGAAUUCCAACUUCACUCAGUUCCAUGGCCCAGCCAUAUUCUGUAUACUUAUAAUCUUGAUUUUCAUUGAAUGACAGACAACAAAUCUAUGGUGAUAAAAAAUACAAUAUUUAUCUUAUGAUGAUAAGAACAAUCUUUUGCUAUCAGGAGAUCCAAUAGCAACAAAAAGAAAAAAGAAAGAAAGGAGAAAACCUAUUUAAACAUCAUGCAUAAAAUCAUAUAUUUCAAACCUGAAGAGAAAAUGCAUGGUUAGUUCCAAGCAAACUGCUAAAUGAUAAAAUACCUCUUAAUAAAAUGGAUAACAUGUCAUCUCCUUCUAAUUUUCUGCUCCUUCAAUUCUCAGCAGUUUGGGAAUUACAGAUUCUACACUUUCUUCUGUUCCUGAUACUGUAUCUUGCAAUUGUAUUAGGGAAUCUCCUGAUUAUUUCUGCUGUUAUUUUUGAUCAUUACCUUCACACCCCCAUGUAUUUCUUCCUGAUGAACUUAGCCAUUCUCGACCUUGGCUCUAUUUCUACUAUUAUUCCCAAAUCCAUGGGCAAUUCUUUCAUGAACUCUAGAAACAUUUCUUACUCUGAAUGUGUUGUUCAGGUUUUCUGUUUUAUAUCCUUUGUUGAAUCUGAUUUCUUUCUCCUCACAGUCAUGGCAUAUGAUCGUUAUGUUGCCAUUUGCCAUCCACUGCACUAUGGCAUAUUAAUGAAUAGGCAAGCUUGUGCACAAAUAGUGCUUUGUGUUUGGCUAAUGGGAAUUUUUAAUGGAGCAAUGCAUACUACAGGCACAUUUGCAAUCUCUUUUUGCUCCAAUGUUGUUAAUCAGUUCUACUGUGAAAUCCCACAGUUACUCAAGCUAUCUUGCUCUGAUUCAUACCAACCCGAACUUACUAUUCUGGUAAUCAAUAUUAUGAUAGAAGGAGCUUGUUUUGUCUUCAUCAUUAUAACAUAUGUGCUGAUCUUUACAGCAGUACUAAAAAUCCCUUUUGUUCAUGGAAGACAAAAAGCCUUUGCUACCUGCCUUCCACACCUCACUGUAUUUUCUAUAUUUAUAUUCACUGGGUGGUUUGCCUACUUAAAACCACCUUCUAAUACUCCAUCUAGUUGGGAUUUGGCACUGACUAUGAUAUAUACCUUUGUCCCACCUCUGCUGAAUCCAGUGAUCUAUAGCAUGAGAAACAAAGAACUCAAAGUUGCCUUCACCAAAUUAUUUCUUUCAGCAUGUUCUUCUACGGAAACCUAUUUUAAUGUUUUCGUAUCACAAUGAGCUUUGCAUUGGCUUAAUCACUUUCAUAUAUUUCAGGGAGAUUAAAGAUAUUUUAAAUAGAAUAUUACCAAAAUUUAGGCAAAAGCAUGUUCCAGAAACUAAUAUGAGGUUGAAGCUUGAAAUUUUAUCUGUCUUCUGAACUGGGAAAAACAUCAAAUGCCCUAAUAAAACACACUAAUUAAAAACAAAUAAUAUUCUAAUAUAUGUAUUUGUUCCCUGUAUUUUGGAAAUGAAAAGUUGAAAUGUUCUAACUUUUGACUUCUCAAAACUAUUUAAUAUAAUUUAUUCUCCUCCUCUUCUUUCUUAGUUACACCCAUGGUAUAUUGAGGUAGUCCUUCAUUCAAAUUUAGUUACAAUGAUAAAUGAUAAAGAUAAUAAAGAAAAUGCAUUUGAUUAUGUAGUGGAAGUACAGGUAACUAUUUAUUAACCCUCACCAAUAAGUGUUUAGUUUUUUAAAGAUAAGUUAAGAUUUCCUGGAAUAUUAUUUGCUAUUUCUUUUUAAAAACUCUUGUUUAUACUGAGCUAUUUGCACGGUCUCUACUAUAGUUCCUUACAUGCAGAUCUGAAGUAUUUAACCAAGGAAAACCAAAUAAACAAAGAAAAAUAUAUGCAUUUGUUACAGAGAUUUAGUUUUGAAAGUGAAGUCAGCAAAGAAAUUAUCUUACACAACAAUCAAAGCAUUGUUUGUUCCAUAGAUUAAAGGAAAUAUGAACAAAUUUCUAGCCACAUUUUCUCACACCUACAUAGACUUAAGGCUGCUAAAAUAAGCUAAGCUCCUGAGAAAUGGGUCCCCUGAGAAAUAUUACAAAAUUAAAGAAAGAUAAUCCUUUGUUUUUAUCUAGCAUUCCCACAUUAAAAAAAAUUGAAGAGCAUUUCACUUCAUCUUGAAUACUGCCACUGGUACAUAAGAAAAAUAUCUGAGAUUUGACCUCCUAUUGCAAGCUCUGAAAUCGAAAAAGUUGAAUGAAAAAUAAAUUGUUUGAAAAGCAAUGGAUACUGCCACAGAUACAUGAGAAAAGAGUCUGGGGGUUGAUCUCCUAUUAGAAGCUCUGAAGUCUAAAGAAACAAAUGAAAAAUAAAUCUAGAGUCAAUGAAUUCCUUUUGCAUGGAUUCCCUGAUACCGAAGAGCUACGGAUAGUCCACAUCAUUGUUUUUUUAA